AUGCCCCUCAAGGUGCAUAUCGACCGGCUUGAAGGAAACAAGAUGGACAAUGACGCAUCCAUCGAGUUCGCACAGGCCGCGCAGCCGGCCUCUGUCAUGACCGUCUACGCAGACGGGUCAUACAACGAAGGCAAGCCCGGCGAAGCGCGCAAGCUCGGGUGGGCCGCGGUUUGGAAAGAUUUGGUUGCGCCCAUGCCCGAGCACUGGGCCCACGACGAGGGCAGCGUCGUCGUCGAAGGCGCCAGGAGCGGGCGGACGCACCACAGCCUGAUUCGCGAGGCGGAGCUGCGCGGCCUGAAGACGGGCCUCAACAACGUCUUGAUGUGGCGCCCUGACGCCGUCGACACCGUCUUCGUGCUGACGGACUCGUUCGCUGCGCUGACCCUGGUGAAGUCCUGGGUGGAGGGCGCCGCGGCCGGGCCGGACGAGCCUAUCCUCGUCCAGAUGAAGUAUCUGGCUGGCCGCCUGCACGAGCAGGGCGUAGCCGUGACGCUGCGCUGGCUGAAGAGCCGCUCCCGCGUCGACGGCCACGACGUGGCGGACGUGUGGGCGAGGAUGGCCUCCGGUGCCGGCCCGGAGAUGUCGCACGACUACUACGCCCGGCACUAUGAGGUGCGGCUGCUUGUUCAGCAGCAGGCCAACUGGGAAAAGAAGAAGAAUGAGGCUCUGGACGAUGAAUUGGCCGCGUUUGAGCGGGAGAUGGAGGAGCUGGAGUAG